AUGGGGUUUUUUGCUAGAUCAUGGGAAACAGGGGAAAUUUCUGCUGUUUUGAGGGCUGUAGUUGAAAUUGGCUGCCAACUUAGAGAUAACCCACCUAAACAAGUAAUAUCAGUCAGCCCGGCUUAUAAUGUUGGCUUCCAUCGGCAACUUCAGCAAUACGUGGAUCCCACAUCAGCUGAAUAUGUAACACUGGAUCUCAUGGUUCCUGAAAAUCUGGUGGGUGGGUUGAUUGGAAGGUUUGGUGCCAACAUCUCGAGGAUCAGGAAUGAAUCUGGCGCUAAUAUCAAGGUUUACGGUGGGAAAGGUGAACACACACAGAGGCAAAUCCAUCUAGGUGGUAGUGCUCAGCAGGUUGCCCUUGCCAAACAACGAGUUGAUGAAUAUGUGUAUGCUGAGUUGAUGAGACAAGCGGGUGGUCAACUGCAGCAAACUGCUGGUCAGCUUCAGCAAGUUGCAACCCAACAGCCAAUAGCUGAUCUAUCAAAUACUUUAUACCAAGGUUAUGGAUACGCCCAUGGCUUUUACACACAGAGUAGUCAAGAAGCUGGAAUGAUGGCCUCCCUUCCUCCUCUCUAUGCACCAGCAGCUGCAUCAACUGCAACGAACCAAGCUACUUAUUACGGCCAUCAGACCUACCCUGCUCCACCGUUAUAGAGGCCUGGAAAACGUUUCUUCCUUCUUCCUCGCUCUCCUGGAUGGCUCUCAUUCCUUUAAUUGUCUGAUGUAAAAAUCUGGGAUUUUCGGUGGCUGCCAUCGUUUUAUUUUGCUCACGUUGUAUUGUAGUUAUUAGUUGAGAGACAAUUCCCUGCUGGAUUUUAGGAUCUGCUUGUAACACUUGCAUCAACUUUUUAAAAGCAGAAUCCAGUUUUAGGUUUAUGUGCAAUUCAUGUGUAUAAUACCAUGGUAGAAGAUGUGUAACAUAGAGUAG